UAACAAUUUUAGAAAAUACUAAAGUAUAAAAAGAUUUAAAAAAUAAUAAAGCCAGCAUAUGAAUUUUUUUCACAGAUAAUAAUGCUUGAAGUUACUAACUAAAACAAAGAUAAUAAAUUGAGUGAGCAAUGAAAUAAGUUGGUAACGAAAAAUAUAAUAAUGUGAUGUAGGGCAGGCUAUAAAAUCCAUUGUGAAACGGUCAUUGUCAUUAUUAUGGGUUUAAUUAAAUAGAAAUUAAGUAGGGCAGGCUAUAAAAUGCAGGAGAAAGAGAAUUAGAGUUACAAGCAAAAAAAAAAUAUUGAGGUUCAAAAUCAAAGGGAAAAGAUGGCUACACUCAAUUCAACUAAGGACUUUUCUCCUGUUGAAGAUGCAGAAAAUAUCAAGAAGGCUUGUCUAGGAUGGGGAACAGACGAGAAGGCCAUAAUAUCGAUAUUGGGACAUCGAAAUUCAUUCCAAAGGAAACUUAUCAGGCUAGCCUAUGAAGAGAUAUACCAAGAGGAUCUCAUCACCCAGCUUAAAUCCGAGCUAUCUGGGGACCUUGAGAGGGCAAUAUGCCUCUGGACAUUGGAACCAGCGGACAGAGAUGCUGUGUUAGCUAAUGAAGCUCUGCGAAAGCCAAUUCUUGAUUACAGAGUAAUUAUAGAAAUUUCAUGUGUUAAGUCCCCUGAAGAUCUCUUGGCAACGAAACGUGCCUACCGAUUUCGUUACAAGCAUUCUUUAGAAGAAGAUGUUGCCUCUCGCAGUCACACCUCUCGGGACAUUCGAAAACUUUUAGUUGCAGUAGUUAGUGCAUAUAGGUAUGAUGGCGCUGAAAUUGAUGACAAGGUUGCACAUUUGGAAGCUGAAAUUCUUCAUGGGGAUAUCUCUGAGAAGGCCUUUAACAAUGAAGAGUUGAUUAGAAUAUUAACUACAAGAAGCAAGUCACAGCUCAAGGCAACUUUCAAUCGUUACAAAGACAUCCACGGCACAUCCAUUACCAAGGAUUUAUUGGGUGAUCCAGCUGAUGAAUAUUUUGCUGCAUUACGAAUGGUAAUCCGAUGCAUUAGAGAUCCUAAAAAAUACUUUGCAAAGAUCCUACGCUGUGCGAUUAAUACGAAGGGUACUGAUGAAGAUGCUCUCAGUCGAGUGAUUGUCACCCGAGCGGAAAAGGAUUUGAAGGAGAUCAAGGAGCUGUAUAUGAAGAGAAACAAUAUAGCCCUUGAUGCUGCAGUGGGCAGAGAUACCUCAGGAGACUACAAGGCAUUCCUUUUAGCCUUGUUAGGGGAUGACGAGAUUAAUAAUUAAGCUAUUUAUCAUAAUAGUAAAAAGCUUGAACUACUGUUGGAUUCUUUGAAUUUGAUCUGCACAGUAGAUUCUUGUUUUUUGCAGUAUUUGUAUGAGACACUACUGCUAGUAGCUAUUACAUUUUUCAUUUUUUCUUCUUUCUUUUUUCCCCUUUAUUUUAUGAAUAAUAGGUCUUUGAAUCCCAAUGUUUACAGUUAACAAUCUUCUCCAUUAUGAAAAUGGAUGGUGUUGUUGAAAACUUGAAAUUGUUCCAUGAUGGGAACAUUGGGUGAAAAAAACAAUUAUAUGAAAAUAUGGAUCGCCUUAGUA